AAAAAGGGACUCACUACAACCUAAACAUAGGGCUCUACUCUUUUCUCUAUCAACAAAGAAAAUUCCUACAGCUACUUCACUAAUGCACGAACCCAACCUCGUCGCCGCCCCCCACUCCACCACCACCGUACCCGCCGCCAACAACAACAAUUCACCGCUACCUAGACGUGUCGUGUUCCGGCUCCUCUGCCAUGCUUCCCGCGUCGGAGGAGUCAUCGGAAAAUCAGGUUCCAUCAUCCGACAACUCCAACAAGAUACCUCCGCGAAGAUUCACGUUGAUGUCUCCACUCCCAACUCCGACCACCACCGCCUCAUCGUCGUCGUAGCCUCCGCUUCCCUAAACAAGAAGAUUAGGCUCAAUCUCUUGGGCCCCACCGGGGGGGAUGAGCAGCAGUGGAAUGAUGAGAUUGAGGUUUCGGCUGCACAAGAGGCACUCGUUAGGGUUUUCGAAAGAGUUAUAGAUGUAACAGCUGAAAAUAAUGGCGUUGUUUUGGGUGCGGAGAGUGUGGUGUCGUGUAGAUUAUUAGUGAAGGGGAAUCAGGUGGGUGCUCUGAUGGGUAAAGGUGGAAAAGUAAUUGAUGCAAUAAGAAGAGAGAAUGGAUGUAGGAUUAAGGUUUUAACUUCAGAUAAGUUGCCAUCUUGUGCUUCGCCCAAUGAUGAAAUAGUUGAGAUAGAAGGGGACAUUCUGGCUGUUAAGAAAGCACUUGUUGCUGUCAGUCGCCGACUUCAAGAUUGUUUCUCUGUUGAAAGAAGUAGAACGGUUGAGAAUGCGCCACUUGAGUUAGAUUCGGAACAGACUUUGCCUCCUCGGCAAGUUGAUCUACCUGCACAAAGGAGUUCAAUGUCACAGCCCAUAACCACAAGCUCUUUCUCAGGUGCCUCUGGAUUCCAUCCUGUGUCUGUAGAUGCUGAGAGGUUUUCCAACAUUGAUGCAAAAAUACCAUUACAAGAGGUUGCUUUCAGGAUUCUCUGCCCAAAUGAAAAGGUUGGUGCAAUAAUUGGCAAGGGUGGGGCAAUUGUAAGGACUCUUCAGAAUGACAGCGGUGCUAGCAUCGCUGUUGGGCCAAAUGUCGUUGAGUGCAACGAGCGAGUGAUAACUAUUACCGCAUUAGAGAACCUAGAAUUACGGAAAUCUCCAGCACAAACCGCUGUCGUUCUUGUUUUUGAUCGGAUUCUGGACGCUGGCUCUGGGAUGAAUUUGGGCACAAGAUCACUAAUUACUUUUCGACUUGUGGUGCCAUCCAAUCAAGUUGGUUGUUUAUUGGGGAAGGGAGGCGCAAUAAUUUCAGAGAUAAGGAAGGAGACAGGUUCCAGCAUACGAAUAUUUAGAGGUGACCAAGUCCCUAAGUGUGUCUCAGACAAUGAUGAAGUUGUGCAGAUUGCAGGUGAGUUUGUAAAUGUACAAGAUGCUUUACGAAAUGUCACUGGUCGGUUGCGUGAUAACCUCUUGGCAGCGAAGGUGUCAAAUGGUGCUGUAAGCAGAAACAGCUCUGCGCUGGCGUCUGAAAGUAGUCUCUCUGGCCAAAUGAAGGAACCUCCUUUUGGAUUUCAUCGGUCUAGUGGUGUCUCACAUGGUAUCAAUCAGCAUCCUGAUUUAACACGGUCUAUGGAUAACCUUGUACUUUCCAACAACAUAGAUCAUCCCCCAUCACCAGGACAGUGGUCAUCGCAGACACGACCUGGAGGAAACCAAAGAGGUGCCUUUGAUGUCAGCAAAGGAUCUAAUUCAGUUAAAGGCGGCAUAGAACUUGGAUGUGGAAGCAGAACUGCCAUUGUGACCAAUACUACUGUGGAGAUCUUGGUUCCUGAAAAUGUUAUCAGCUCUGUGUAUGGGGAGAACGGGAGCAACUUGGCUCGUCUAAGACAGAUUUCAGGUGCAAAGGUCAUGGUACACGAGGCCCGCUCUGGAACAACUGACAGGACUAUCGUAAUCUCUGGGACACCAGAUGAAACACAGGCUGCUCAGAGCCUCCUUCAGGCAUUCAUACUAACCGGAUAGCCUUUAACUUACCAAAGAGCUAGCUUCCAAAUUUUGUAGUACAAUUAGAUCUCUAUCAACAGCCAGUUCCAUUUUUUUUUAGAAGUAGCCAUUCAUCUAUAAGAUAUUCUGUAUACUAUGUUAUGUGUUGACUCUGAGGUUUUUGUUACAUAGGAGAUAAAAGCCACAGGACAAAAAGUUUUUAUUGGUUUGGAAAUACCUUGGGAAAUAAGAAAUUCUUUCCUGAUCCAGUUCAUGGUAAA